CUCUCUCUCUCUCUCUCUCUCUCUCUCAGUGUGUGCGUAUAUAAGUGAGAAACGUAAUGGGAGGUUUCCCUUCCCUAAUUCCCGGCGCAAGAAGGAGUGUUCAGCCAAAUUAAUUUAACCCUUUCUCCCAGAUCUACAUCUUGUUGGGUCGAAGGAUCCGCGUGUGUGUGUAUGUAUGUAUGUAUGUGUAUAUAUAUAUAGACGGAGAGAGAGAGAGAGAGAGAGAGAGAGAGAGAGAGAGAACGAGUAUUGAAAUAUUCCAAGAGAGAGAGUGUGACUUGUGAUUGUUAAAACCAAGUUUUACUGCUACUAAUUCGGGCUUUGGGUUGGGUCUCCUUCUCUCUCCACAUUAAUAGUGUACUAGUAGUUAAUUAGGCGUUGAGGCAAUUCUUUUUCUUUUUUUUUUUCGGAUUUUGUUUUGGGUACAGAGACGUAAUUGAGAAUCACUGUUUGGAUCGAACUCUACUACUACUACCUACCGGCGAUCAAGCGUGUUUUUUAUAGAGUGUUAAAUUAAUUACACUAGCGUAUCACAUUAAUUAAUUAGUAGAGAGGGAUAGAUAGAUAUUGUAUUAAACAGAGGAAGAUAUAUAGAUAUAUAUAUAUAUAUAUAUAUAUAAAUAUAUAUAUCGUGGCUGCUGUGAUUGGAUCAACAGUAAACGAAUCCCUCUGUUUCCCUCUCUCUCUCUCUAUCUGAAAUCUGGAAGGUAGAGAGAGAAAGAGAGUGUCAAAGAAGAAGAAAGAGUAGUAGGAGGAGCUGGGAGAGGACAAAAAAAAAACUUCGGUUUUGUGGCGUUAAUGACUCAUGAAAACAACAUCUUAAUGCUACGCUGAAUUCACGGGGCUUCGAUCUUACGCUCUUUCGCCAUCUGCAUUUUUCAGGCUGGAAAAUGUCAAGGCCACUACUUCGAGGUGUAUCCGGCGGUGUCCGGUUCGCAGGGAAGAAUGAUUCCUGGGAUGACUCUCAGAUGAAAGAGAAAACGGAGAAGGAAGAUUUGGAUAAAAUUCGUCCUUCUCCUGAUCAUACACACAUGUCAUUCCGAUUUCCUUUUCGGUUACCUUUUCUGGAUAAUUCACCUUCUAAAAAUAGUUUUAGUGAGAAUAGUUUCACGACCGAUCCCUACGCCACCGGAAGCUUGAGAAGUCGACAUAAGUUAACUUUGUUGUUUCUUAAGUUCAGUUUAGUAAUGAUAGUAAUUCUAGCUCUCACUGGAUCCUUUUUGUGGACAAUUUCAAUUACAAGCUCAUCAAGAGGCCACAUAAUACGUGGGAAUAGGCGUAUUCAAGAGAAACUUGUAUCAGAUUUAUGGGAUAUUGGAGAGCUCUCUCUAGGUGCUUCAAGGUUUAAAGAAUUGGAUUUUUGUCCCGAGGAGUCUGAAAACCAUGUUCCCUGCUUCAAUGUUACAGAGAGUCUUGCUUUGGGUUUUCCUGAAAGUGAAGAGCACGAUCGCCAUUGUUUACAAGGAUCCAGGCAAAAUUGCUUGGUUCUUCCACCUGUCAAUUACAAGAUUCCUCUUAGGUGGCCUACUGGAAAAGAUGUCAUAUGGGUUGCAAAUGUUAAAAUUACUGCACAGGAGGUACUUUCCUCUGGAAGCUUGACCAAGAGGAUGAUGAUGUUGGAAGAAGAGCAGAUUUCCUUCCGUUCUGCAUCGCUUAUGUUUGAUGGUGUUGAGGACUAUUCGCAUCAAAUUGCAGAAAUGAUUGGCCUAAGAAAUGAAUCUAACUUGUUACAAGCUGGCGUUAGAAGCAUCUUGGAUAUAGGAUGUGGGUAUGGUAGCUUUGGAGCACAUCUCUUUUCAAAACAACUUUUAACCAUGUGUAUUGCAAACUAUGAGGCUUCAGGUAGUCAAGUUCAACUGACUCUUGAAAGAGGUCUGCCCGCAAUGAUAGGUUCUUUUACUUCGAAGCAGUUGCCAUAUUCAUCUCUUUCCUUUGAUAUGGUGCAUUGUGCACGAUGCGGCAUUGACUGGGAUCAGAAAGAGGGUAAUCUUUUGAUUGAAGCAGAUCGAGUAUUGAGGCCUGGUGGAUACUUUGUGUGGACUUCACCACUUACCAAUUUGCAGGGUUCCCUUCGCAAGAAAGAGAAUCAGAAAAGAUGGAAUUUUGUGCGCACUUUUGCAGAAAGUCUCUGCUGGGAUAUGUUGCCACAGCAAGAUGAGACUGUCGUGUGGAAGAAGACAAGUAAAAAGGCUUGUUAUGGUUCCAGGAAUUCUGGAUCAAAGCCCUCCCUCUGCAGUAAGGCACAUGAUGUUGAGACUCCGUAUUAUCGACCACUCCAAUCCUGCAUAGGAGGAACUCAAAGUCGUCGAUGGAUUCCUAUUGAAAAAAGGCCGACCUGGCCUUCUAGGUCUAAAUUGAACUCUGAUGAACUUGCAAUCUAUGGUGUGUCUCCUGAAGACUUUGCUGAGGAUACCCAGAACUGGAACUCAGCUGUUCGUAACUAUUGGUCUCUUCUGUCUCCGCUUAUAUUCUCGGAUCAUCCAAAGAGACCAGGUGAUGAGGAUCCUUCUCCGCCUUAUAACAUGCUCAGAAAUGUGCUGGACAUGAAUGCCCGCUUUGGUGGCUUCAAUUCUGCGUUGUUGGAAGCUGGGAAAUCUGUUUGGGUAAUGAAUGUGGUCCCUACAAGUGGGCCCAACUCUCUUCCGUUAAUACUUGACAGGGGCUUCGUUGGAGUAUUACAUGAUUGGUGUGAAGCAUUUCCAACCUACCCUAGAACAUACGAUAUGGUGCAUGCUGAAGGGCUUUUAUCACUUGUAACUGUUCAGCAGCGCCGGUGCACCUUGUUGGAUCUAUUCUCUGAGAUAGAUCGGUUACUUCGUCCAGAGGGUUGGGUGAUAUUCCGCGACUCAGCCUCUCUCAUCGAAAUAGCAAGAGCUCUAGCGACAAGAUUGAAAUGGGAUGCACGAGUCGUAGAAAUCGAGAGCAACAGCAAUGAGAGACUACUCAUAUGCCAGAAACCUUUCUUCAAGAAACAACCGAACUAAAUACGAACAUUCUGUGAGGGAAGCCUCUGAAUAGGUAGAUCAUUAAAUUCAUAUAUUCAUUUUGUGGAUCUAAAUUAAGCGUCAUAAUGUUUGUCCACCAUCGGAGAUGGCGGAAUGAGAAGUUUUGGACAAAAGAGGGAAAAUGAAGAGAGAGCAUAAGGAAACAAGUGGUCACAACUCCUGUGGAGCCGUAAGGCGUUCAUAGGGCCCCUGUAAUUAAACAAUUUGAAAGGUGCAGAGAGGGGGAAAAAAAAGUAUAGGGUUGUAUUUAAUUUACGUUGUUUUAUGUCUUUUUUGAACUAUACACCCACACAAUGAGUUAGAUGUGGUGAAGAUGAUUUUAUACAAUAAGGCUUAUCCCAUUUUAUUUUA